GAAAUUCGUAGUUCGCAAUUGAACGAUUUCUUUUCUGUUAAUUCCUGUUUGCAUCGCCUUAGCUCUUUUCUUUUGUCUGAGGUUUCAGAUUUGACAACUAAGACUUCGACUAUACUUGAAAAGGUUUCGUUUCUUCGCCGAUGAUCUACGACUUUCCAGAGCUACUUUUAAAUUACUAAUCCAUCUUACUGUAUAAAUAUUUGUCUAUCUAUCUGUCUGUCUGUCUAUUACUUUCUGAUUUUCUGGUCCCAUGGAUGAUACAGCAUUUUUCACUUUCGAACCAAAACCUCUACAGACAAUAUGUAUCGAAUUUUUGGUGGGGAACCUGGACACAUACCAGUCUUUACAUACAUUACCUGUCACAGUAGCUCAAGAAAUAUUUAUUGCUGCCGACCAUAAUAACCAAUUUUCGAUUCCUUCAACAACGGUCUUCAAGAGAUUGGAAUUAUUUUCGUCGACUUUCACCAAGUAUUUUGUCUCAAGCCUUUCUUUGCGCCAUUCAAGUCAUCUGAUUAAUUAUUUGUCCAGUGAAUUCACAGUAUUUUCCGGAGUUAGUUCCCUCGAUUUGAGUCACUGCAAGCUUGGAGAUCGCCAUUCAAUCUUGUCCCAGUUGAAUUAUUUUACUAACUUGACAUUGCUUGCUCUUCGUGAUAAUGGGCUGAGCCAUCGAGGUAUUGAUCACAUGACGAUUUCUUUACGCCUUCUUAGAGGCGGGCAAAGAAAUUUACAAUAUCUUGAUAUUUCAGACAAUCAAGAUUUAGAUGCCAGUUGUUUAGAAUACUUAAAGGUGUUUCCAGAGCUCAAAUACUUAGAUAUAUCAAAUACAGCAAUAUCUAAUAAAGAUGCUGCUUUGAGAAAAUUUCCUUUAAAGAUAUUUCUGUCAUCAACAAAAGUGGAUUAUGAAGAUAUAAAAGAGGAUGUGUUUCGGAUUGAAACCCUAGGUUGGGCAAGUCAUGUCUUCAAUUCUUGGUCAAAAUGGUACAAAAAUAAAACCAAACGAUCUAAACAUAGACAAUAUGCUCCCUAUCCAAAAAAAAAGAUGAAAAAGACAAAAAACAAAGGCAAAGGAAAUUUCCAGUUGAUACUAAUUAAAUAAACCAAUAAACAGGAUUAGAAUAGAAGAAUAGGAAACAGAAAAGAAACUGUUACUGAUUAUGAUGAUUGUUGUGAUGGUGGGUAGUGGUACAGGCCAGUUCAGAUCAAGCAGUUCAUGUAGCCAAAGAUACUCUAUCCAUAAUCAUUUCAUCUUUAAUUUCAUA